AUGACUGGGUGGGGUAGUGACUCCGGAGGGUGGCCGGGGUGGGGGUGGGGUGUACGCGAGCGCCUGUGGCUAGGCUGGGGGGGGGGAGGGGGAACCCGGGGGCGGGGCCUGCGCCGGCUGCGGAGGGGCGCGGGGGCGGGGUUGCCCUCCCGGGCCGCGCCGCGCGCGGGCGCCAGAGCGAGUGUGCGCGGGGGCGCGCGCGCUCGAGCCCGGGAGGAGGCUCCCGAGCGAGUCGGUCGUGGCGGCGCAGCCCGCUCCCCCGCGCCCUAUGUGAGGGAAUCGGGGAGGCCAGCGGCGCGCAGGGGAGGGCAAGGCAUGUGCACGGGCCGGGGGGUGCUGCAGCCGCCCGAGGAAGAGGAGGACGGCGGCGGCGAGGAGGAGAGCGGGGGACUCGCGGCGGCGGGCCCGGGCCGCGGGGAUGCAGCGGACUGUGUGUGUCUGGCUGUAGCUGACGCGAGGCGGCGAGGAGGCGCCGGAGACCCGCGAGAGGGGCGACCGGGAGGCGGCGGCGGCGGCCGGGAGAAGUAG